AGAUUUGGUCGUAAGAAGUCUGUCAUUGUUGCAAUGGCUAUUGCGUUCAUUGCAUCCGCUAUCUCGGUGGCAAUUCCGACAAACGAAAGUUCGGGUAAGCAUACAUAUUUAGAUCGGCUUCCGAGCUUUUUUAGUAGAUUUCUGCUGUGCCGAUUCUUUAUGGUUAUAUAUGAAAGCAUCUUGGAACUUUGGCAGUGGUUGAGGAGCUCAUGAAUGAGUAGGGCUGUUACAGUGCAUAUACGUCGGAUUUUGCAUCCUUUGAAUUAAAAGCAUGAUUAACAUUCGAGGACAAACUGAAUGUGGUCCACUUGAACCAGAAUUGAAUUUGGCAGAUGCAAAAUGCGAGUUUGAAACAUGCCUGACUGAUCCGAUCGUGUAUAAUGCGUUGUUGCUUGAGACCUAAUGUCUAUGCUAGUCAAUUUUUCCAACUAUACAAGCUCGCCCCCAGUAAUCUUACUGAUUAUUUAGUUAUAUGAUUUCUUUUUCAGCCAGUGUUGGAGGACGUGUUACAGCAGCUAUCAUUGCAAAAUUUUUUAUCACUUUCUCCUUUGAUGGUGUCUAUUUGUGGUGCGCUGAGCUGUUUCCAACUGUAGUUAGGUAUAUAGAAAUGUUGCUGUGUUUCCACAGACUUACUUAUUUUACUUAUCCUCACGCGUGUAUAUAUUUCGAAUUAUAUACGCUUACAUAUACGGUAUAGGAAACGAAAUCUGAAACAUGCCAAAACGAUUCUGGACGUUAACAUGUUUCCAGCUGGAAACGGAAUUUUAAACAUUUCUCAUGAAUUUUGAGAUUGUAUUUUUAAUUAUUUUAUUCUAUAUAGAUCAACUGCUUUUGGUACAUCAUCUGCUGCGGGAAGACUUGGAUCAUUUUCUGCCAGUUAUAUAAUUUGGCUGGUAAGUAACUUUUUAAAACUCAUCAGACAAUAAUUAUUCGUUUGUAACGUUUGUUUUUCUCGACUGUUGCCUAUGCUCUGGAAUUGUCUUUCAGUGCGCAAAGUGUCUAAAGCUGGAAACAGGUUGUUAUUAAUUCAAAAUGAAGAGUAUCCAAUCUCGUUCCCCGAGCCUGCGAUCCUCGGGAAGGAACGUGAGGCUUUGGGAUAAUCCAUUGAACUGCGCAUUCCAUAUCAACGGCCAAUCAGAUUCCUCCCUGAAACGGAUUAUCCCAGAGCCUCACGUUCCUUCCCGAGGAUCGCAGGCUCGGAAUACGAGAUUGAAGAGUCUUCAUCAUCAGUAUCGGGAAAAUAUCGGUACAGGCGAGCAGAUUUUUUUAAUUUAACUGAAUAUAUCACAUUUAGUAGAUGCGCUAAACUAAAGAAUACGCAUCACAAUCACAUGGAAUAAUUAAUAUUUCCGAAUGCUAGAUUACAUGCAGGUUUCAUAUAUAAAAUGUAGGGAAUUUCCGCCAUAAUCUUUGCACGAAUAGCGAUUAAUAUUUACAUUGUUCAAUGUCAAGAUAAGGUCGUUUGUUCCAUGUAAGGUGGUUUGUUCCAUGCUGAAAACAAAUAAUUUUAUUAAAUAAAAAAUAAAAAAACAAUUCUGUGCGGCGCGAAAAAUGGAUCCGCGCACUGAUGAUGAUUGACAAUUAUUCACCAAAGUGGAAAUGAAUAUAGUGCAAGGAUAUUCACGACUUGUAUUACAGCUCUUAUUAUUCAAAGAUGGGAGAGCACGAAAAAGGCCAACAUUAGCGCUUGCAUGAUUGCUCUCCCAAUUUCCCAUGCAAGUGAUCAAUAACUUGUUUGAACACACCAAAUCUUGGAAUAAUUCUUUCAUAAGAUAUAAUUUCUUUUGAAUUUCAAUUUCACCUAACGGAAGCAAAUACUAAAACGUUUCUGAUUGGUCGCCAGAAAAUGGGCUGAUCAGUCAGUCAUUGUUUUAUCAGUCCACUUUAGUCUUUAGAUGUUCACUGUUUGAUUUGACUCGUAUUUUUUCCAUGCCGCUUCUUCUUUAUAUAGUUUGAAAGUAGGUUUCUUGCUUUUGCUUAUCCAAAUACGCGACGAACGAAGGAAAAUAGAAUUUUUGGAAAACCGAACAAGAGUAUAAGGGCAGUAGACAACUACAGACGCCGAAGUUUGUUCGCUGGUUUUGUUUGAGGAAAACAAAAUAUUAACUAUUUUAUUAUAGUGCAUUUAAUGCUAUCCAGACGUUACUUUUGGGGUCUUCAGGGGGUGGUGGUGGUAGGGAUCUACUGAACCAUUAUUUUGGUGUAUUCCGCUGAAACUUUUACAGGUGGAUGGUUAUUUUCCUUAUUAUAAGUCUUAGCUGUUUUGUUAAUAUAAAUAAGGUACAGUAGUAUAUAAAAAAUCUCUUAAUUAAAAAGUGCUUACUUUUAUUUGCCUAUUAUAAUUUAAUUAAAGAUGCUGAAAUUUACUGUUGGUAGGUGUUCACGUCUACGAUGUAACGUUUUUUAGCGUAAUAUUACUUCACCAAAUUCUUCACACAUAAAGCCUAUACAUAUUUAGCAAAAGUCGUAAAAUCUUAGAACCUCACCUGCACUGCCGAUUUAGGAGAUAUUAACUUUUAAAACCAGCGUGGGCCUUUCCUCCCGCCGGCAGUCUGGAUAGGGUUAAAAAGAAAAUAUAUAUAAACUGCAUGCAAAUUAACUACAAGCAAAUAACACAAUGAUGUUUUUAUAAAUUUCAUAAAAACAUCAUUUGCAUUGUCCCUCGGGAUAUCGCAUUAAAGGUUUUUUCCGCGUUUGACGUCAUUAUAAGAAAGGUCUAUUACAACUGCCCACCAGUGAUAAUGCCGUUGAAUGUCUUCGCCAUAACCAUUCAACUUGGAAGAUAGUUGAUUGUCUGAUGGUUAUGCCGAAGACAGUUGACUGUCUUCGGCAUUAGCAUUCAACUUGGAUGGUUAUGCCUUUGACUGUCUUCUGCAUAACCAUUCAACUUGGAUGGUUAUACCGUUGAAUGUCUUCGGUAUAACCAUUCAACUUGGAAGACAGUUGACUAUCUGAUGGUUAUGCCGAAGACAGUUGACUGGCUUCGGCAUAACCAUUCAACUUGGAUGGUUAUGCCUUUGACUGUGUGUCAGUGAGUUAUUAUGUUAUUAUGUUAUUAGUUAUUAUGGCGGCUUAAUGCUUAAUUUUAAAAUUUUCCAGAUUCGUUUUCAUGCAGCACUUCCAUACAGCAUAAUGGGAGCAAUAUGUCUUCAAGCAGCUGUACUUGGAUUGUUCUUACCAGAGACCAAGGGUACACCAACCUUGGAGACCAUGGAUGAUAUGAAUAAAGAUGAAGAAGGACCUGGUGUUGUAUUACUGAAAAGUAAAGAUGACAUGAAUGAGAACGAUAAAACUGAAGCCUGAACUCUAUAAGCUGCAUGGUCAUCAUGCAGGAAAUAGUUUUGACACUGGCAUGGCAUGCAACCGUGCAAUCCAAUUCACAAUAUUUCUAAUGUCUGUGCCGUUUGUAUAUAUAACUUUCUAACUUUGUUUAGUGAUGAGCAGCACACAGAGACCAGCACACUGAGACCUGCACGAAACAUUUUACAAGAAAAAUACACUGAGUGUUACUAUUAGAUUUUGAAAAUGAAUUUCUAUUCAAUAUAUCACUAAAUAUAUAUCACUAAUUUGAAGAUAUCUAUUUAUUUAACCUUGGAAAGUUUAUUUAUCAAUACAAACAUAAAUUGCUUUUUGAUUGUUUUGAAUGUCCACUUUUAACUGUAAAUCAAAUUCACAAUUAUAAUACCCGUAAACCCAUGCAGAACGCUUAGCGUCCCUUAUGCAGGACAAAUACUCCCUAUUUUCUGUUGAUUAUCAAGGACUACAAUUUUUCAAUACGUUGAAUCCCGAUAUACGUAAUUCAUCAUUUAUUUUUAGUUUUCAAUCUAAGUUAAGAUCGUUUCUUUUUUCUCGUUACAUAUAGUUUCAAUAUUUAGUAAUUUGGCUCAUAUCAUUCCUGUUCGAAUAUCUGCUUUGCCCUAGUAUCAUGCACAUGAUUUAUUUAACUUAAUGUAGCUGAAAUCAAUGAGGUAGCCCAAAGUAUACAAGUCUGAUGGUUUCAAUUUGGGCUUCCUCACC